AUGGCGGACGGUGGCAUGAUCCUCAACAUUGACCUGGACAACCUGCCGCCAAUCACGCAGCAGGUGACGUUCAAGGGCGGCAAAUGGCGCGACCGCAAGGCGGCCCAGCGCGACUUCAAGAAACGGCAGCAGGGCGACAGUCCCACGAAACAUAUGGCGGCCGACGCGGGCGACCGACCGACGAAGCGGCCACGACCGGACGAUCGCAGCGGCGAUGCAAGGGCGGCGAAGCGGCAUACGGGGGGUGGAGGCGGUGGUGACGGAGGCGGCGGCGACGGCGACAGGAGCGCACAACCGCGGUGGCAGCCGAGCCGGCCCAUGGGACCGGGAGCGGCACCUGUGGCCGCCGGCCGGCCCCAGAACGGCGUGACGUCGCGGCUGUUUACGGCCAUUCCGGAGCACAUGACCAACUUGGACGACGCCGACGAGGCGAGGGCCGGCACCGUGCUGCGCCCCUCGAAUGCGCCCUUGUCGGACGAGGCCGCUACGUUCCUCAAGCUCGGCCUCUCGCGCCGCAUCGCCCGCCAGCUGUCCGAGUACAUGGCGCUCAAAGCCCCGACGGCCAUCCAGCGCAACGCCCUGCGGCAGCUCGUGGGCAGCGACAGCGACGCGUUCCUGCAGGCCGAGACGGGCUCCGGCAAGACCCUGGCCUACCUGCUGCCGAUUGUGCAGCGCCUGCUGGCGCUCAGCGAGGCCAACGACGGCACGCGGCGGGCCGGCGGCGUCCGGCUGAGCCGCGGCGGGCUGGGGCUGUUUGCCGUCGUGCUGGCCCCGACGCGCGAGCUGUGCACGCAGAUUGCGGCGGUGCUGGACAAGCUGCUGGGCUGCGCGCCGUGGCUGCAGGCGUCGACGGUUGUGGGCGGCGAGAACAAAAAGGCCGAAAAGGCGCGGCUGCGGAAAGGCGUCAACAUUUUGGUGGCCACGCCGGGCCGCCUGACGGACCACCUGGACCACACGGACGUGCUGGACGUCAGCCGGGUGCGGUGGCUGGUGCUCGACGAGGGCGACCGGCUGAUGGAGAUGGGCUUCGAGAAGGACAUCCGCGCGAUUGUGGGCAAGAUCCGCAGCGCCGCGACGGUGGCGACCACCACCAAAGACGGGCAGCCGCUGCCGGACGGCGUGCUGCCGGCGCGCCGGGUGACGGUGCUGUGUUCGGCGACGAUGAAGAUGAAUGCCAUCAAGCUGGGCGAGCUGACGCUGGAGGAUGCAGUGCACGUGACAUCGGCGGGCGAGGACGCAGACACGAAGGCGACGGAGGCGAAGGAGGAAGGGGGCGAGGCAGAGACGACAACGACGACCCACCCGGAGACGGCGGCGUUCUCGGCGCCCUCGCAGCUCAAGCAGACGUACGCCAUCGUGCCGGCCAAGCUGCGCCUCGUGACGCUCAUCGGCCUGCUGCGGUCGACGUUUGCCCGCAAGGGCGCGGUCAUGAAGGCCAUUGUCUUCUUGUCGUGUGCCGACUCGGUCGACUUCCACUUUGACCUGCUGCGCGCGUUUGGCGACGACGGCCAGCCCAUCGCGAACAAGAUUGUGCCCGCUGUGGUGCCGGCGGCCGACGACGGCGACAGCAACGACAGCAAGCCGACAGCCACGUCCACGGCCGCCGCAAUAAAAAACGCCAAGAUGGCGGCGGCGGCGGCGUCCACGACCGCCUCGACCGUCGCCCCCGCCGCCUACAUUACGUCGGCGGCCAACCGCACCGUCGUCCUCCACAAGCUGCAUGGCUCGCUCGAACAGCCCGUGCGCAAGGCCACGCUGGCGUCGUUCCGGCACGCGACGGACCCGGCCCUGCUGAUUACGACGGACAUUGCCGCGCGCGGCCUCGACGUGCCGACCGUCGACCUCGUCGUCGAGUACGACCCGGCCAUGGCCGUCGACGACCACCUGCACCGCAUCGGCCGGACGGCGCGUGCCGGCCGCGCGGGCAGCACGACGUUGUUUGUGCAGCCGGGCAGCGAGGAGGGCUACGUCGGGUUCGUCAAGCAGGUGUCGUCGUCGGUGCUGCACCCGCAGCUCUACGACGCCGUCCUCCAAAAGGGUUAUGCGGCGCCCGUGCCCCUGCCGGCGGCCUUCACAGCGCACGACGGCGACGACAGCGUCCCUGUCGAGCACGACCCGUCCCAGGCGCAACAGUCGUGGACCAAGCGCGCCGAGGCGCUGCAGCUGCACAUUGAGCAGCGGCUGCUCAAGUCGGCGGCUGCGCCGGUCGCGACGGGCGCCAAUGCCGACACGGGCGUGUCCAAGUCGGCCUGGCAGGCCCGAAACGCAAAGACGGACAAGAAACACCAAAAAGACAAAAAGGACAAGGAUACGAAAGAGGGCGGGUCGGCAGCCGCCCCGACGCUUCUCGACGCCGCCCGGCAGGCGUUCCGGUCGCACAUCCGCGCCUACGCCACCCACGCCCACGACGAGCGCGGCUUCUUUGACAUGACGCGCCUGCACCUGGGCCACAUGGCCAAGAGCUUUGGCCUGCGCGAGGCGCCCGGCAACAUGCGCGGCGGCGUGCAGCGUCUCGCGGCCAAGAAGCGGGCGACGGCCGUGGCGACGGCCGCCGGCCGCAAGCAGCACACGAAGCCCAAGACCAAGGCCGGCGCCUCGUCGUCGGCCGCGGCGGCCCAGGGCCCCGGCGACUCCGACGACGAACGGUUUGACGGUGGUGCAGGCGACGACGAAGCGGCGGCGGCGGCGCGGCGGAUGCAGCAAAAGAUGAAGGAGAUGAUGAGCAACCCGGCGGCGGAGUUCAACAUUGGAUGA